AUGGCCAGCGACGGAGUAGGCCGUGCACGAUCCUCAUCGCGAGAAGACGCGACGCUAUUAGAACAGCAUAGACAAAAUCCUGCUGGAUUCUCCCCAAGACUGGGUGGACCAGUAGCCGUGAUUCUCUUCGUCGCGAUCCUCAUUGCAUUCGUGGUCCAAAGCGCCGCUACGCAGUAUGUGCAAACCACGCUUGGCUUUCGCAAACCAUAUCUAUUAUUUUAUAUUGCCCACUCCACCUUCAGCAUAAUCUUUCCUUUUCAUCUUCUCUAUCUUACUUGGACGACGCCGUACACCGUCAACCAUUAUUUAUCUCUCAUCAGGGAGACACUUCGCCUCCAAUUCUCGAGCCCUGCAGACUUGCACGUUGGAAGGUUCCCAACAAGGAAUAUAAUCACGUUGGCCAUCGUCCUGACCAUCGGUAUUUCGACUCCUGGAUUAUUGUGGUACAUCGCCGUCUCCUUUGCGUCAAUCAGUGAUGUGACGGCAAUCUGGAACACCAGCGCCUUUUGGGCCUAUGUGUUCUCCGUAUGCAUCCUUGUCCCUCCUGGGAGCCACCCUGCUUCGUGGUGGAGACGACUGGAGGCAAACAAACUCGUGGCUGUUGUCAUGGCGUGUGUAGGCGUGACAAUCACGGUCUACUCUGGCGUCAAAUCCGACAGCAAAUCUGGUACCGGGGAAACCGACCCCAGCGUUCCUUCAGCACCACUAUUUGGAAACGUGCUGACUCUCAUUGCCUCCGUUGUCUAUGCCCUGGUUCAGGUGCUGUAUAAGAAAUAUAUCGCACUUCCGCAUGAGCCAGCAGAAGGCAUUGGGCUGGAUGAUGACACGGAGCGUGAAGUUUCUUCACCUCUCGUCACCUAUCAUCCGCUUUUCAAUGAGGAAGGCGGUGAAAUGGAUGAGACGAUGCAGGAUGGUUUUGUGGAGGCGAGCGAAGAGGUCGAAGAGGAGCGUCGGCAACUCGAAAAGGCCGAACUCGCCUUGCCAUUUGGACUUUACCCCAAUUUCAUCACUUCGCUCGCCGGCGUUACCACCCUCUUCUCUCUCUGGGUACUCCCCGUAUUUCUCUCAGACCCUUCAAAGGAGAAGGCGGCUACAGGCUCCCCGUUGGCCAUCGUACUUUCCAUAUCUGCCAUUGCGCUCGCAGGAUUGACGUGGAAUGCUGGGUAUAUGGUUUUGCUCUCCAUUUGGGGCCCAGUCCUUACCUCGGUGGGUAACCUGCUCACGAUCGUGCUGAUGCUCGUGGUCGAAACAGUACUCAUGGCAGCGCCAUCUCCCAGCGGCUGGAGUAUACUAGGGUGUGGGAUGAUUGCCAUGGGAUUUGGAAUUCUCGCUUGGGAACUCUCGAGGAAACGAGAGUUUCAUGGCUCGUAA